GGAAAGAAGUAAAUAAUCAUUAUUUUCCGAUAGAACGAAGCAAAACUGGAUGCUCGUAAUUCAUUAUAAACGCGUAUGGGACCAAUUCCGUCUAUGUAUAAGCUAGGUCAUGAAAAUUAAAGAAACGACCAAAAAGCAGGUUGAUGUUGAGUAUGGAGGUCCCUGUGAUCCAUACGUCAGUGGGAAGGUCCGGAAUAGGAGCUGCACAGACGUGAUCUGUUGCCUUUUGUUCCUGACAGCCAUAGCUGGCUACAUGGUAGUGGGAGUUCUGGCCUGGUUGUUUGGAGACCCUCGGCAUAUUUUCUUCCCCAGGAACUCCAACGGAAGGUUUUGUGGAUCAGGGACAAAUAGAGAACUGCCCAGCAUGAUUUAUGUGGACAUAUUGAAGUGUGCCACCACUACCAACGUGAUGGCGGCAGCGCUCGAAGGCCAACAGUGUCCCACCACACAGCUGUGUGUUCCCGACUGUCCUUCUCAGUUCUGGAUGCUGCCCCCUGAUGCCUACGAGCCCGGGGCUGAACCCAAAGACUUCUUCCAGCAGAAGUACUGUGACCCCAGCCUCAGCCUGGCCACCACCACAUGGACUGUCGAAGAGAUCCUUGAUAAGGAACUGUGUCCAGCUUUCCUUGUUCCGAGUAAACCGGCUCUGGGGAGGUGUUUGCCCAGUCUGGAUGCUCUCCGAAGGAUCCCCUCUGAUUUCAUUCUGCCGGGGAUGACCUCUGUCGAGGAGACGGUUAGCAGCAUUAAAAGUGCCAUGGGCUCUCUGACGUCAGGCUUCAACACCAAGGCAAUAGGAGUGAGGAUCUUUGAGGACCUUGCCUCUACGUGGCACUGGAUCCUGCUGGGUCUGGUGGUGGCUAUGUUGGUCAGCGUGGUGUUCCUGUUGCUGCUGAGGUACGUGCCCGUUGUCCUGGUCUGGCUUCUGGUCGCUGGGGUGCUGGUGGUUGGAGGAUAUGGAAUAUGGUACUGCCACUCGGAAUACAACCGUUUCAAGACCUCCAAAAUGAAGUUUGGCGAUCUCAAAUUCAAUUCGGAUAUCUCAGCCUACCUUCAAGUGAAAGAGACCUGGCUUGUCUUCUUGAUCCUCCUGUGCGUGGUGGAGUUCAUGUUGGUCCUGGUGAUUAGUGGUCUCAGGAAGAGACUGUCUCUUGCUGUUGCUCUCAUGGAAGAGUCCAGCAGGGCAGUGGGGAAACUGACAUCCACCCUGGUCUACCCCAUGUGGACCUUCGUCCUGGUGGUGGUGUGUGUCGCCUACUGCGUCAUGACCUCCCUACACCUGGUCACAUCCGGAGCCCCUCUUUACAGAGUGGUGUCUCUCAGCACAUCUGUUGCUGAGUGUGGGGGUAUUGACGGCUCGGAGGCCUGCCAGCCACAGACGUUCGACGCAUCCGCCUACCCAGGCUGCCCGUCGGUUCGCUGCAUCUUUUUCAAAUACAGUGACACUGGCGUGUUCCAGCAGAACCUGGCCUACCUGCAUGUCUACAAUGUGUUAGCCUUCCUGUGGUGUGUGAACUUUGUCAUCGCCCUGGGCCAGUGCACCCUGGCCGGGGCCUUCGCCUCCUACUACUGGGCCUUCAGCAAGCCCGCUGAGAUCCCGCCCUUUGCCUUGACCCGCUCCUUCAUUUGCUCUCUAAGGUACCAUGUAGGUUCCCUGGCAUUUGGAGCGGUUGCCCUCUCCUGCUUCCAGCUGUUAAGGCUGCUACUUGAAUACCUGGACCAUAAGACCCAGGGUUCUCAGGGUUACGUUGGUCGCUUUCUGGCGACCUGUCUGAGAUGCUGCUUCUGGUGUCUGGACUACUUCCUGAAGUACCUCAACAGGAACGCUUAUGUCAUGAUCGCCAUCUAUGGGGAAAACUUUGGUGUGUCGGCCAAAAAUGCUUACAGCCUGUUAAUGAGGAACAUUGAGCGGGUGGUGCUACUGGAUAGAAUGACAGAGGUGUUUUUCUUCUUUGCUAAACUACUGAUAGUUGGAGCAGUUGGUGUGCUCGCUUUCUUCUUCUUCACCGGACAAAUCCCCCUGACGAGUGACACUUUGCAGGCGAAGACGCUGAACUAUCACUGGAUGCCCGUCCUGACGGUGACGGUGGGGGCCUACUUCAUCUCUCAGGCCUUCUUCAGUGUCUACAGCAUGUGUGCUGACACCCUGUUCAUCUGUUUCUGUGAGUGCCACCAGUGAACCCUCCUCCAACUGCAACACAGCAGCCAUUCGACACCUUCGUCCUCCUGGGACGUCCAGGCACAACCUGAGGAUAUAGUUAUUUUAGUGAAGUCAACCUUCUGGGACAUACAGGCACAACCUGAUGAUUUAGUUAUUUUAGUGAAGUCAACCUUCUGGGACAUACAGGCACAACCUGAUGAUUUAGUUAUUUUAGUGAAGUCAACCUUCUGGGACAUACAGGCACAACCUGCUGAUUUAGUUAUUUUAGUGAAGUCAACCUUCUGGGACAUACAGGCACAACCUGAUGAUUUAGUUAUUUUAGUGAAGUCAACCUUCUGGGACAUACAGGCACAACCUGAUGAUUUAGUUAUUUUAGUGAAGUCAACCUUCUGGGACAUACAGGCACAACCUGAUGAUUUAGUUAUUUUAGUGAAGUCAACCUUCUGGGACAUACAGGCACAACCUGAUGAUUUAGUUAUUUUAGUGAAGUCAACCUUCUGGGACAUACAGGCACAACCUGAGGAUUUCGUUAUUUUAGUGAAGUCAACCUUCUGGGACAUACAGGCACAACCUCAGCAUAGCUUGAGUAAAGUAAAGCAGAAGAUUUAGGAUUUCAUUCAUGUUUAUUGACAUUGCAUGUUUUGACGCCGGCUUCCAGCCCAAUGACAAAAAGUAGAGUAAGUCAUAGGAGUAGAUUGGAAUGGAGUAAAUUAGAGUACACUACAGUAGAUUAAGGUAUAGUGGAAUAUCAUCGCAGGGUGGAAUAGAGUAAGGUAGAGUGCACUAGAGUAGAUUAAGGUAUAGUGGAAUAUCAUCGCAGGGUGGAAUAGAGUAAGGUAGAGUGCACUAGAGUAGAUUAAGGUAUAGUGGAAUAUCAUCGCAGAGUGGAAUAGAGUAAGGUAGAGUGCACUAGAGUAGAUUAAGGUAUAGCGGAAUAUCAUCGCAGAGUGGAAUAGAGUAAGGUAGAGUGCACUAGUGUAGAUUAAGGUAUAGUGGAAUAUCAUCGCAGAGUGGAAUAGAGUAAGGUAGAGUGCACUAGUGUAGAUUAAGGUAUAGUGGAAUAUCAUCGCAGAGUGGAAUAGAGUAAGGUAGAGUGCACUAGUGUAGAUUAAGGUAUAGUGGAAUAUCAUCGCAGAGUGGAAUAGAGUAAGGUAGAGUGCACUAGUGUAGAUUAAGGUAUAGUGGAAUAUCAUCGCAGAGUGGAAUAGAGUAAGGUAGAGUGCACUAGUGUAGAUUAAGGUAUAGUGGAAUAUCAUCGCAGAGUGGAAUAGAGUAAGGUAGAGUGCACUAGUGUAGAUUUAGAGCACAGCAGGGUAUGAUACAUUUAGGUAGAUUGGAGUAGAAGCUGCUUCAGUGUUUCUC